AUGCAAUUCUCAAAAUUGUUCCUUCUCUUUCUUUUGCCUGUUUUCAUCAAUGGUUCUACAUACCUCCGUAUGAAGUUCUCAACUAAUAAAAGAUGUUUUAUCGACGUCGAGACUUUCACAGAAGAACAGGAGUUUUUGUUGUCAGCGCAUCUUCCACUUUUCCCUGGAACUCCGACAUAUCAAGCGAUCUACUAUUGCGAAAACUUUUCCUAUAAAUUUAGGAUAACGGAUAUGAUAACUGGAGAAUAUAUUGGUCAAACAUGGCCACACCGACUCAAACUCGAGAAUGAAAUUAUUAAUCUCAGUUUUAAAGAUUUCAAUUUGGUAGGUGCUAAUACCACAGUGAAAAUCGAAACAAAUGUUGACUGUCCAGAGUAA